AAAUUCGUUGUUUGUGGAAGCUCAGAAAUAUCUAUUUAUGAGCUAAAAGAAAAGACACACGAAGCAGAAUUCAUUUGUAAUUCUCCACGAGUUCAAAAUGCAAAUAACAUAAAGUUUAUAAGUCAAUUCGACACUUCAAUCAACUUUCUCAAUAAUGAAAAACGUUAUCAAUUCAUUAAAUGUGUCACACCAUCAUAUCAUUCAGAUGAGUUGCUCGUAGCUUGUGGUGAAGCAUCAGGAAAAGUUUCUAUAAUUAAUUUUAAUCCAACAUCUGAUAAUUAUCUGGAGUUUACACCAAGACAAAAUCGACCAUGUCUAGCGUUAGCAUGGAACAUCCAGGAACCAAAUCUCCUUUCGAUGGGCUUUGAGAAGAACAAAUGUGACCAUUGCAUCACGGUUUGGGAUGUUGGGAAAGGAAUUCCAUCGGAAUCGUCCAUUGUGAACCUUAUUGGCCUCUCAGAAACAGCUCAUUCAAUGUGUUGGGAUCGAAAGCGACUCAUUGCUGGAAUGAGCCAAAAAUACAUAAAAAUGUUCGAUUUACGUCAAAAUCCAACAGCGACAAUGACUAACACGAGAGCUGUCAAUGGUGUCAAUAUUUCACCAAAUGGUCGAUAUCUUGCCAGUUACUUCGACAACGUCGUCAACUUAUUCGAUUUACGUAAAUUUAAUGAGCCAAUCAAUCAUUUUCAACUUCAAAAUCACAUAGCACAAAUUUCUUGGUGUCCAACAAUGUCCAAUAAUCUCAUGUGCCUUCAAAAGGAUUCUUCAAAGACGAUGAAUGUCAUUGACAUACAUUGGACAGGCACUGACGGUGUUGAAGAUGGAGCGCAUUUUAUCAAACGAACUGUCGCGCCUUUCGACAUCAUCGAUAAGAAAGAUCGCUUGCAAUUGUGUGAAAAGACGACGACUUUAGAUAACGUUUGUUGGCAUCCACAAAAGUCAAAUUUCUUGUUAACAGCUGCAACUAAUUCCAACAACUCACUUUUAUUGAUGGAAUUUCAAGUUCCCGAUCGAACAAUUGCGACUUUUGAUAAAUGGAAUAAACUUUGGACACCAACUUCUGAUGAAAUAAAAGAAAUUCCAAUAAUUUCACCACCAUCAACGCCAACAGACUCGACAAAUUCUUGGUAUCCGAAUGGCGGUGCAUUCAUGGAUGGCGGCGAUUUAGAAGAACUUUUUCAACAGCGAAUCAUGCAAGAUUAUGGCCAAUGUCAAGAGUUGGAAAAGAAUGCAAAGACAUGCAUGGAUGUGUCGUUGCAACGUGUUUGGCGUCUUCUUGGACAAAUGCAAAAAGCUGAUUGCUUUAUUGGCUUGAGGACAAUUCUCGGAAUUGUUCCCAACAGCGACGAACUUACAAUUGCGCAAUCAAUUCAAGAGAUUAAAACGUUCAAUGAUUUUCCAACCAGUGGAAGUAUUCGACUUUAUCGAAGUGAAGAACGUGACUUUGCGCAAGAACUUUGCGGUUGGACAUUCAGAAAAGGUGAUUUGAAUACGAAUCUCUUUACUUGCAUCGAUGAUUUGUGUAAGAAAAAGAAGUUCACGAGAGCUGCAAUGCUUGCGGUGUUUCAUUUAAGACUACGAAUGGCGAUUGAUAUAUUGGGACGUGGUGCUAAUGAGAUGGACGAUGAGAAAAGUUCCUUAAGAAUGUCAGCAAUUGCUUUAUCUGGUUGCAGUAGUGGAAUAUGGAAAGCUCAAUGUGCAGCAGCUCAGAAACAGAUUCAAGAUCCACAUUUGAGAGGAAUUUUCAAUUUUCUUUCUGAUGAAACUUACUCAGGAAUUCUUUAUGAAGAUGGAAUUGCAAUAAGUGAUCGAAUGGCCUUUGCUUGUACUUUUCUUAAUGAUCGACAACUUUCGGAGUAUGUCAAAGUUAUGAUUUUACAUUCCAUUGACAAAGGUGACUUGAACGGUCUUUUAAUAACUGGAGCGACGCUCGAUGGAAUUCAACUUUUACAAGCAUUUGUCGAUCGAACUGAUGAUGUUCAAACAGCUGCAUUGAUAGGAGCGAAAAUUAUGCCAGCUGACUUACAAACUGAUAAUCGAAUACAAUCUUGGAUUAUGAGCUUAAGAAACAUGAUGAAUAUUUGGCAGAUGUGGGAGAAGCGCGCUGCCUUCGAUAUUUCCAUUCAAACAUCAAUGAAAACAUCACCAAAGUCACCAAAAGCUGUUUUUUUGUUGUGUUCAUUUUGUGGUAAGUCCGUGUCAGCGACACUUCAAGAAGAUGCACGAUUAAGGAAUCAAACACAAGGAAAUAAACUUUCGUCGUGUCCAAAUUGUCGUAAGCCACUGCCACGUUGUUCAUUGUGCUUACUUCACAUGGGAACGACAACAACUUCAAGUUUUUAUAAUCCCGCUGGCAUCAAGUCGAAGCCAUUUCAAAAAUGGUUUUCAUGGUGUCAAACAUGUCGUCAUGGCGGUCACACAGAGCAUCUUGCGGAAUGGUUUAAAACACACACCGAAUGUCCCGUUACGUGUUGCAAUUGCAAAUGUUUUGCUAUUGACUUGCCAUUGCUGAAAGAGUCUGACAAAGCGGCGGAUUUGAAUGCUUUUGAUGAUAAUGAUGAUAAUAAUAAUGGAAAAGUUCAUUAA